AUGCGACAAGUGAUUUUGAUAUUGUCGCGACUAAUCGCAACUUGUCGCAAGCAAUGGUUAUCUAAUAAUACUACGCGAUUUAUUCUUGGUAUUUUAAUUGGCAUUCUACUUGGAUUUUGUGUCACAUUUAAUUAUGAAGAUGAAACUGCUACACAAUCCAUUUUAAUAAAUCAAUCGAAACAAUUUACUUCGAUCAAUUUAAAUACUUCAAUUCUGUCUGAUAUUCAAAUACAGUGCAUUAUAUUCAUCCAUCCCAAUCAGAUAUUUAAACGGAAAUAUGUCCAAACAUUGCGUGACACCUAUACUAAACAAUGCAAUCAUACUGUUUAUAUAACAAAUUCAGAAGGGAUUCGCCGUAAUUUCUCAGAAGAGAUUAAUAUUGCAUUUGUAAAAACGAAGAAAACACAAUAUCAUUGGGAUUUAUAUCGCGAAAUUAUCAAAUACUCCACAAAGUAUAAUGAACAACAGAAUCAAUUUUGGACAAUUAUUAGUGAUGAGCAGACUUUUAUUGUUAUGGCAAAUUUACGACGGCUUUUGUUAGCUCUGAAUAAUUCACAACAAUCAUUUAUAUUAGGAAGGAUAUCUAACAAAAGGUAG